AUGAGCGGCUCCCCAGCGCGGCUCCAGCAGGCCGCGGGAGCGGGCGGAGGAGGCGGCGGCAGCAGCGGCGGCGGCGGCGCGCCGGGGGGCGAGGGCGAGAUGCCGGCCACCGAGAAGGACCUGGCCGAGGACGCGCCCUGGAAGAAGAUCCAGCAGAACACCUUCACCCGCUGGUGCAACGAGCACCUCAAGUGCGUCAACAAGCGCAUCGGCAACCUGCAGACCGACCUGGGCGACGGGCUGCGCCUCAUCGCCCUGCUGGAGGUGCUGAGCCAGAAGAAGAUGGGCCGCAAGUACAACGCCCGCCCCACCUUCCGACAGAUGCAGCUGGAGAACGUCUCGGUGGCCCUCGAGUUCCUCGAGCGCGAGAGCAUCAAGCUGGUCUCCAUCGACAGCAAAGCGAUUGUGGACGGCAACCUGAAGCUGAUCCUGGGCCUGAUCUGGACGCUGAUCCUGCACUACUCCAUCUCCAUGCCCAUGUGGGACGAGGAAGACGACGAGGAGACCAAGAAGCAGACCCCCAAGCAACGCCUGCUUGGCUGGAUCCAAAACAAGCUGCCCCAGCUGCCUAUCACCAACUUCAGCAGGGACUGGCAGAGCGGCCGGGCGCUCGGCGCUCUCGUGGACAGCUGCGCCCCAGGGCUGUGUCCUGACUGGGAUUCGUGGGACGCCAGCAAACCUGUCAAUAAUGCCCGGGAGGCUAUGCAGCAGGCUGAUGACUGGCUGGGCAUCCCACAGGUGAUCACUCCUGAAGAGAUCGUGGAUCCCAAUGUAGAUGAGCACUCGGUCAUGACCUACCUCUCCCAGUUCCCCAAAGCCAAGCUAAAGCCUGGAGCCCCACUCAGGCCCAAGCUGAACCCCAAGAAAGCCAGAGCGUAUGGACCAGGAAUUGAACCCACAGGAAACAUGGUGAAGAAGAAGGCCGAGUUCACAGUGGAAACCAUCAGUGCCGGCCAGGGAGAGGUCCUGGUCUAUGUGGAGGAUCCCGCUGGACAUCGAGAAGAGGCAAAGGUUAUUGCCAACAAUGACAAGAAUCGGACGUUCUCCGUGUGGUACGUGCCAAAGGUGACUGGGGUCCACAAGGUGACGGUCCUGUUCGCUGGGCAGCAUAUUGCCAAGAGUCCCUUUGAGGUGAACGUGGACAAGUCCCAUGGGGAUGCCAGCAAGGUCACCGCCCAAGGCCCCGGCCUGGAGCCCACGGGCAACAUCGCAAACAAGACCACCUACUUCGAGAUCUUCACCGCUGGUGCCGGAGUCGGGGAAAUCGAGGUCAUCAUCCAGGAUCCCAGCGGCCGGAAAGGGACUGUCGAGCAGCAGCUGGAAGACAAGGGCAACAGCACGUACCGCUGCUCCUACAAGCCCGUCCUGGAGGGCACCUACACCAUCUACAUCACCUUUGGGGGCAUGCCCAUCCCCCGCAGCCCUUACUCGGUCACGGUGGGCCAAGCAUGCAACCCCAGCGCCUGCCGGGCGGUGGGCCGAGGCCUGCAGCCGAAGGGGGUCCGGGUGAAGGAGACGGCGGAUUUCAAGGUCUACACGAAAGGCGCCGGCAGUGGAGAACUGAAGGUCACGAUAAAAGGCCCAAAAGGCCUGGAGGAACGCAUUAAGCAGAAAGACUUGGGAGACGGGGUGUAUGGCUUCGAAUACUACCCCACCAUACCUGGCAACUACACGGUCACCAUCACCUGGGGCGGGCAGCAUAUCCCUCGCAGCCCGUUUGAGGUCAAAGUGGGGACGGAAUGCCCCAGCCAGAAGGUGCGGGCCUGGGGGCCCGGCCUGGAAGGAGGCGUCGUGGGCAAGUCGGCUGACUUUGUCGUGGAAGCCAUCGGGGACGACGUCGGCACGCUUGGCUUCUCCGUGGAGGGCCCCUCGCAAGCCAAAAUCGAGUGUGAUGACAAAGGGGACGGCUCCUGUGACGUGCGCUACUGGCCCCAGGAACCUGGGGAGUACGCCGUCCACGUGCUCUGCAACAACGAAGACAUCAAACUCAGCCCCUUCAUGGCAGAAAUCAAAGCUGCCCCGAGAGAUUUCUUCCCGGAGAAGGUGAAAGCUCACGGCCCGGGCCUGGAGAAGACUGGCGUGGCUGUCAACAAGCCGGCCGAGUUCACCGUCGAUGCCAAGAACGGUGGCAAGGCGCCUCUCAAGGUUCAAGUACAGGAUGCGGAAGGCGCCCCCAUGGACGUCUCUGUGAAAGACAACGGCAACGGCACCUACAGCUGCUCCUACCUGCCCAAGAAGCCGGUGAAGCACACAGCCAUGGUCUCCUGGGGAGGAGUCAACAUCCCCAACAGCCCCUACAGGGUCAACGUUGGGGCUGGCAGUCAUCCUAACAAAGUGAAGGUGUAUGGUCCCGGGGUGGCAAAGACGGGCUUGAAAGCCCACGAGCCGACCUACUUCACGGUAGACUGCACGGAAGCUGGGCAGGGCGACGUGAGCAUCGGGAUCAAGUGCGCCCCAGGCGUGGUGGGCCCAGCGGAGGCGGACAUCGACUUCGACAUCAUCCGGAACGACAACGACACCUUCACAGUCAAGUACACGCCCCGUGGGGCUGGCAGCUACACCAUCAUGGUGCUUUUUGCUGACCAGACGACCCCCACCAGCCCCAUCCGGAUCAAAGUGGAUCCUUCCCAUGAUGCCAGCAAGGUCAAGGCUGAGGGGCCCGGCCUCAACAGGAGCGGAGUGGAAAUCGGCAAGCCGACCUACUUCACGGUCAACACCAAGCCGGCUGGCAAAGCCAAGCUGGACGUCCAGUUCACCGGGCCGGCAAAGGGGGAGGCCAUCCGAGACUCUGAAAUCAUCGAUCACCAUGACAACACCUAUACAGUCAAAUAUACCCCAAUCCAGCAAGGUAACAUUGGCGUCAACGUGACCUACGGUGGAGACCACAUCCCCAAAAGCCCUUUCAACGUCGCCGUGGCACCGACUCUGGACCUCAGCAAGAUCAAGAUUUCCGGGCUCGAUGACAAGGUGGAAGUGGGCAAGGACCAGGAGUUCACGGUCAAAUCCAAAGGGGCCGGCGGGCAGGGCAAGGUGGCGGCCAAAAUCGUGGGCCCCUCCAGCAAGCCCGUGCCCUGCAAGGUGGAGCCGGGCCUCAGCCCCGACAACAGCGUGGUGAAGUUCAUCCCCCGCGAAGAGGGGCCCUACGAGGUGGACGUGACUUACGACGGGGUCCCGGUCCCGGGCAGCCCCUUCCCUGUGGAGGCCGUACCUCCCACCAACCCAUCCAAGGUGAAGGCCUACGGACCAGGUCUCAAGGGCGGCUUGGCCGGCGCCCCGGCCCCCUUCACCAUCGACACCAAAGGGGCUGGGAACGGCGGGCUCGGCCUGACGGUGGAAGGCCCCUGCGAGGCGAAGAUCGAGUGCCUGGACAACGGCGAUGGCACCUGCUCCGUCUCCUACCUGCCCACCGAGCCCGGCGAGUACAACAUCAACAUCCUCUUCGCCGACACCCACGUGCCGGGCUCCCCUUUCAAGGCCCAGGUGGUGCCCGGCUUCGACCCGUCCAAGGUGAAGUGUUCGGGGCCCGGGCUGGAGCACGCCACGGUGGGGCAGGCCGGCGAGUUCAGCGUGGACUGCUCCAGCGCCGGCAGCGCCGAGCUGACCAUCGAGAUCAUCUCCGAGAGCGGCACCCAGGCCGAGGUCCACGUGCGGGACAACGGCGAUGGCACCUACACCAUCACCUACAUCCCGCUGUGCCCGGGGAUCUACACCAUCACCAUCAAGUACGGAGGGCAGCCGGUGCCGAACUUCCCCAGCAAGCUCAACGUGGAAGCCGCGGUGGACACUUCCGGGGUCAAAGUGUAUGGCCCGGGAGUGGAAGGCAAAGGCGUGUUCCGCGAGGCCACGACGGAGUUCAACGUGGACGCACGCACCCUGACCAAGGCCGGAGGGCCCCACGUCAAAACGCGGGUGUCCAACCCCUCGGGAAACGUGACGGACAGCUACGUGCGCGACAACGGAGACGGUACCUACCACGUGGAGUACACGCCUUAUGAAGACGGCGUCCACUCCAUCGACGUGACUUACGACGGGAGUCCGGUCCCCAGCAGCCCCUUCCGCGUUCCCGUAACAGAAGGCUGCGACCCCACGAGGGUUCGUGUGCACGGCCCUGGCAUUCAGAGCGGCACCACCAACAAGCCCAACAAAUUCACCGUGGAGACCAGGGGGGCCGGCACGGGUGGGCUCGGCCUGGCUGUCGAGGGCCCGUCCGAGGCCAAGAUGUCUUGCACGGACAACAAAGACGGCAGCUGCUCCGUAGAGUACAUCCCCUACGAACCCGGCACCUACAACCUCAACGUCACCUACGGUGGCCACCAAGUACCAGGGAGCCCUUUCAAAGUCCCUGUACAUGACGUGGUGGAUUCUUCCAAGGUCAAAUGUUCAGGCCCUGGCCUGACUCCGGGCGUCGUCAGAGCCAAUGUGCCUCAGUCGUUCACUGUGGAUACCAGCAAGGCAGGGGUGGCCCCGCUCCAGGUGAAAGUCCAAGGCCCAAAAGGGGUGGUCGAGCCGGUGGACGUUGUGGACAACGCAGACGGCACUCAGACGGCGAGCUACGUCCCGAGCCGGGAGGGUCCGUACAGCAUCGCUGUGCACUACGGAGAUGACGAAGUGCCCCGCAGCCCAUUCAAGGUCAAGGUUCUGCCCACCCACGAUGCCAGCAAGGUGAAGGCCAGCGGGCCGGGGCUCAACACGACCGGGGUGCCCGCCAGUCUGCCAGUGGAGUUUACCAUUGAUGCCAAGGAUGCUGGCGAAGGGCUUCUGGCUGUCCAGAUCACGGAUCCUGAAGGCAAACCGAAAAAAGCCACUAUCCGUGACAACCAGGACGGCACCUACACUGUCUCGUACGUCCCGGACAUGACCGGCCGCUACACCAUCCUCAUCAAGUACGGCGGGGAUGAGAUUCCUUACUCGCCGUACCGCAUCCGUGCCCUGCCCACUGGAGACGCCAGCAAGUGUACGGUAACAGGAGCGGGCAUCGGCCCCACCAUCCAGAUCGGAGAGGAGACCGUGAUCACAGUGGAUGCCAAGGCCGCCGGGAAGGGCAAAGUGACCUGCACGGUCUGCACGCCCGACGGCACAGAGGUGGACGUGGACGUGGUGGAGAACGAGGACGGCACCUUCGACAUCUUCUACACGGCCCCCCAGCCGGGCAAAUACGUCAUCUGCGUGCGCUUUGGAGGGGAGCAUAUUCCGAACAGUCCUUUCCAGGUUACGGCGACGGAUCGUCCUGUGAACGGGUUGGACGCUGGACUGAGGCCUUUUGACCUGGUCAUCCCUUUCACGAUCAAAAAAGGAGAGAUUACAGGGGAGGUGCGCAUGCCGUCUGGGAAAGUGGCAAAGCCAGACAUCACAGACAACAAGGAUGGUACCGUGACGGUGCGGUACGCCCCCACGGAGGCUGGCUUGCACGAAAUGGACAUCCGUUACGACAAUAUGCACAUCCCAGGUAGCCCUCUGCAGUUUUACGUGGACUAUGUCAACAGUGGCCACGUGACGGCUUAUGGGCCCGGACUCAUCCACGGGGUGGUUAACAAGCCAGCUGUCUUCACGGUCAACACAAAAGAUGCGGGCGAAGGCGGCCUGUCUCUGGCCAUCGAAGGACCCUCCAAGGCCGAGAUCGGCUGCACCGACAACCAGGAUGGCACCUGCACGGUGUCGUACCUUCCGGUUCUACCCGGUGACUACAACAUCCUGGUGAAAUACAACGACAAACACAUUCCAGGGAGUCCCUUCAUUGCCAAGAUUACCGGAGACGAUACCAUGCGCAUGUCCCACCUCAAAGUGGGCUCUUCUGCCGACAUCCCCUUAAACAUCACGGAGACGGACCUGAGCCAGCUGACAGCCACCGUGGUCCCGCCUUCUGGCCGUGAGGAGCCUUGCUUGCUGAAAAGACUCCGCAACGGUCAUGUUGGGAUUUCCUUCGUCCCCAAAGAGAUCGGGGAGCACAUUGUCAACAUCAAGAAGAACGGGCUGCAUAUUCCCAACAGCCCCAUCACCGUGAUGAUCAGCCAGUCGGAGAUCGGGGACGCCAGCCGCGUGAGGGUGUCGGGUCCCGGGCUCAGUGAGGGCCGGACCUUUGAGCCAUCUGAGUUCAUCAUCGACACGAGAGACGCUGGGUACGGCGGUUUGAGCCUGUCCAUCGAGGGCCCCAGUAAGGUGGACAUCAACACGGAGGACCUGGAGGACGGGACCUGCAAAGUCACCUACUGCCCGACCGAACCCGGCAACUACAUCAUCAACAUCAAGUUUGCAGACCAACACGUGCCUGGGAGUCCGUUCUCUGUGAAGGUGACCGGGGAGGGGCGCAUGAAGCAGACGAUCACAAGAAGCCGCAAAGCCCCAUCAGUUGCCAACAUCGGCAGCCAGUGUGACCUCAGCUUGAAAAUCCCAGAAAUCAACAUCCGAGACAUGACCGCUCAAGUGACGAACCCGUCGGGCAAGUCCCACGAGGCGGAGAUCUUGGAGGCCGAGAACAACACAUACUGCAUCCGCUUCGUGCCCACCGAGACGGGCAUCCACUCGGUCAGCGUCAAGUACAAAGAACAGCACGUUCCCGGAAGCCCCUUCCAGUUUACCGUGGGCCCUCUUGGCGAGGGUGGGGCGCACAAGGUGCGGGCAGGCGGCCCGGGAUUGGAGCGAGCCGAAGCCGGCGUGCCAGCUGAAUUCAGCAUUUGGACCAGGGAAGCGGGGGCCGGGGGCCUGUCCAUCGCCGUGGAGGGUCCCAGCAAGGCAGAGAUCGCGUUUGAGGACCGGAAGGACGGCUCCUGCGGCGUUUCCUACAUUGUGCAAGAACCCGGAGACUACGAAGUUUCCGUGAAGUUCAAUGACGAACACAUUCCCGACAGCCCCUUCGUGGUGCCAGCCACCUCCACCUCCGACGAUGCCCGCCGACUCACUGUUUCUAGUCUUCAGGAGUCAGGGUUAAAAGUGAACCAACCAGCCUCGUUUGCCGUCAGCUUGAACGGGGCCAAGGGGGUGAUUGACGCCAAGGUCCACAGCCCCUCGGGGGCGCUGGAGGAGUGCCAUGUUACGGAGAUCGACGAAGACAAAUACGCAGUCCGCUUCAUCCCCCGCGAGAACGGCAUCUACUCUGUCGACGUCAAGUUCAAUGGCAGCCACAUUCCUGGCAGCCCCUUCAAGAUCCGCGUCGGGGAGGUGGGGCAGGCCGGAGACCCGGGGAUGGUGUCUGCCUACGGCCCCGGCUUGGAGGGUGGCGUGACAGGAAGCCCGGCCGAGUUCAUUGUCAACACCACCAACGCAGGACCUGGGGCACUGGCGGUCACCAUCGACGGUCCUUCAAAGGUGAAGAUGGACUGCCAGGAGUACCCGGAGGGCUACAAGGUCAUCUACACGCCCAUGGCGCCCGGCAGCUACCUCAUCUCCAUUAAGUAUGGCGGCCCGUACCACAUCGCUGGCAGCCCCUUCAAGGCCAAAAUCACAGGCGCCCGCCUGGUCAGCAGUCACAGCCUCCAUGAGACGUCCUCCGUCUUCAUGGACGGCGCGGCCAAGCCCGAGGGAGGCAUGCCCAAGUUUGCAUCGGACGCCAGCAAAGUUGUGGCCAAGGGUCUGGGCCUCAACAAGGGCUUUGUAGGACAGAAGAACUCCUUCACGGUGGAUUGCAGCAAAGCAGGAAACAACAUGCUGCUGGUGGGCGUCCACGGCCCCAAGACCCCCUGCGAAGAGAUCGUGGUGAAGCACCUGGGCAACCGGCUGUACAACGUCACCUACCUGCUGAAGGACAGAGGGGACUACGUGCUGGUGGUGAAAUGGGGGGAGCAGCACAUCCCCGGCAGCCCCUUCCGCGUCUCCGUGCCUUAAUCCUCCUCAUGC